GGCUCUAAGGUUUUGCUAUUUGCAUUUCAAUAUGGCGGACAAAUUGACGUUUUCCUGAGCAACAGAUUGUGUCCUCUCUUUAGAAUUUGCAUAUUGAUAUCUGUUUUUCUGUCGACACUCAGGUAGCUAAAAGAUGAUCUGUAAAAACGGAGUCCCAGCUCGAACCGUCUCCGAUCUUCAUGAAGCCGGUAGUAUUUGUGUGAAACUUGUUUUUCGUUGUCUUUUGUUCAAUACACGAUUUCUUAUUUCAGUUUGGUUCAUAUCCAUCAGUAAGCUUUUACUUUUGACAGAGGAUUUUCGCGAAUAUCGUGUCUUGGUUUGGGGAAGCACAUAUAACAGUUGUUAUAUCGUUUGACAAAGUUAGCAUUUUCCGAGAUUCGAAGUUUAAGCUUGUUGAUUGUAAUAGUCACCUUUAAGUUUCACAAUUCAUCUAAGGGCUCAUGUGAAUGUAUUAAAUUUUCUCCUCGGGUGACCUUAAGCUUAAGUUUUAAAUUUAUGGCAGAGACUUAAAAAUACAAAGAGCGGUGUGACAAUAUUAUUAAAUGAAAUAAACUUCAAAGACAUUGUGGCCGCGAUUGUACUUCAUUUUUUCUUCUGCUUGUUUUACAUUCGGUUUUGUAGAAGGAAUAAGGGAAUGAGUCGUCCUAGAAAAUAAAUUUCAAAACAUUUAAUUAUCUAUUUAUUAUAAUAUCAUUUGCUGUAUUUUGUCUUUAGCAUUCACUGGUGAUAUUCGAGAAGUUACACAAGCCCUUGAUGAUGGACAGGUAAAAGAUGCAUCAUAUGUAACUGCAGUCAUUAAUUUGUAAGCUUAAUUGUAGCUUACAUACACUGUACUAACAACUAAAAAACAUUUGGUUCAUAUGAUGAAGCUUCCUAUUUUCUAUCUUUUUGAUAAUUCGUACUUUUAUAUAUAGUAUAUUAUAUAAAUAAUAAUAAUAAUAAUAAUAAUAAUAAUAAUAAUAAUAUUUAAGUAAUGGUCCAGCUAAGAAGCAGGCAGAAAAACAAUAGCCCGCGGCAAUAGCGUCAGUUAAUUUUCAGGCGCUAGUUUCUCUAAUCAAAUUAAAUUUGAAUGCUCUGAUUGGUCAAUACAGCGAAAAGUGCGAAAUUUGAAUUUUAAAGUUGAAUUAAGAUAGCUUAAGACUCAUUCGAACAACUUUUUAUUUCGUCUAUUGCUUUGUUAUGUUGAAAAAUAUAACAUAUCUAAAAUUUAAAAGAUUUCUAUGCGCCAAACGCGAGGAAGUUAAACUGAUAUGAAAUUACACGAAGAUGAGCACAGUGUUACAUCAAUCAGUGACGUUGGGAACAACAUUUACGUCAGCUCUCACAAAAGAAAUGUCAAAACCAUGAUCGUAAACAGCAGCAAUUCACUCUCACGUGGCGAAUCUGGCGAACGCGCCAAUGUCCCGCGUUCAUAUUUGGCCACCAUACAGAACAACAACACGUACACAAAAUCAAAUCUAAAUGUUAUCUAAAUGUUCUGCUUUUGGAAAAAAAGAUGAUGUUGCCCAGAUAGAAAAAAUUCCUGCAUGUUCGGAUAAUUGGGUUUCAGAAAAAGCUCUCCUACAGUUUAUCUGUUUUCAAGGUUUUGAUAUUACUCUAUAAAAAUCCUUCUUACAAUCUCUUUCGUCCUUGGAAAAAAUAAAGGCAAGCUACAGUUUUUUUUAGUGCUCGUUAGAUCUUCCGUACCAAGAGAAAGUCAAACACCAGUGACAGCUAUUUAUGAUACCUAAGCGGCUUCCGUCUCAGUAUUCUCCGUCUCAGAACUCAAAGGUACAAAAUGCAAAUGUGUCACAAAUUUCAAUUCGCUCAUUUUAACUUAAGGUCCACGGCGAACUUUCAUUUCGCUUGAUGAAGCAGUCUAGAGAGAAAAAAAAAUCGAAUGAGAGAUGGGUAAAGCUACACGGAAUAUGGAAGUUUCGAAAAGGGCAAACAUAUGAAUAACACAUAAUGUGCGCGGAGGUGCGAAAAUCUAUUGAAUUCAGCUUACCUCAAGCUCAAGUGUUCUACAUCUCUGCGAGAAAUAAAUUCAUCCUUGUAAAAACAACAAAUCUUUCGCUUUCUCCUUUUAUGCCCAGCUGUUCUCCAAUUUCUAGUGCCACAAUAAUUGUGGCACUAGAGGAGAUCGGAAUAAUUAUAUUUAUUCCGAUCUCCUCCUGAUCCGGCCUGACAACGAAAACAACUACGCCGGGCCCAAAUUUCCACAUGGCGACUCGGCAUGUCGAGGACGGCAGCAAACCAUGUUUAAGAGCAUUUUGACGAUCACUCCAAUGAUAAAAUACAGUAAAUUUGAGAUAAAUAUUCAAUAAAGAAAAAAUGCAGAUUUUUCACGAAGAAAUUGACGAGAUUAGGUAAAAGACAAAUUUCCUAACAUCUCGAGUGUCACACUAAGAUGAGGUCACAACAAGGUCGCGUGUGUGUUGCACGUUUUCCACUCUAACUUUUGAUUGGCGCAUAGAACAAUGCUGAAACUUGGCCGUGAGGUAUAAGACAGGGGAAUGGGGAAAAUAAAGCUAAAAAAAGUUGUUUUUGUCAUGUUUCUGACUGUUUUUUUGGCAAUUUAUGGAUUUCGGCCAAUCAGAACGCUUGAUUUAAUUGAAAUUAAUGAUUAAAAGUUAGCACCUUUUAAUCACUUUUGCCGUUCGCCUGCCUACCUCUUACACGGACCAUUAAUCAUUGCAUUAAGUUUUUGACAACCUUAUGUUUCCAGGGUCCUCCCCAGGAGAUUCUUUGACUGAUACAUUCUUACUCUUCUUAAAUAGCCAAGUAUACUGUUAUUAGUCGAUGCUGGCCCACAGGGCCACAGGGAUCCAUAUUAAUAUUAUACCAGAGUCGUCAGCAGGUUACACUUACACUUAGCAUUGCCCAGACAAGAGUGCAGAGUUGCAGAAGGAAUGGUGAUAAAAUUGAGUGCAACCUGAAUGUUUCUGAUUUGCAUUUUAUUACUAUCAUAGCUACUAACAAAGGGUUUUAACUGAACUGAAAAAUGGGCUCCAUGACUUCGGCAGAUGGCUGGGAUGCAUUUUGUUAGGGCACAAAAACAAGCCAAGGUCUGUCAGUUUGCCUUGAAGACAAGAUGGUGUACUUACGUUUUUCCUUGUAUAAGGCAGCGGCUUUUAUUUUAUAGGAGGCGACAAAACACCUACUAAAAUGUCACAUCUUCAAGAUGAAUGCUGUCACUUUUUCUGUGAAUGGCCCUAGAUUUGCCACAAGUCAACCUCACGAGUUUCUAAGCAAGCGGAGCAAGUUUUAAAUCCUAUGAAGAACUUUUAGGACACAUGCAUAAUGUACAUGAUAAAAUCAUGCAAGAAUUUUUGAAUAGAUUUUGUAGUUGAGCAAAACCUUACUUGUCCAAAGGAUGCCUUUUGGAGGUAUCUUAAUCGUCUGUGUGAGAUCAGUUGUAGUCGUCUGGAACGACCAGAUGACUGUGAAUAUGGAUCCCUGGUGCCAUCGCUGACUUAAGUUCUGCAGUGUGCUUCUUUUUUUAUAUUGCUUUUUUUUGUGUUGCAAAUUUCCAUCCCGGGGGGUGACUGGAUAAAGUCUUGUGUGAGUAGGUGUCAUCCAGCCCUCCAAAUUUAGACAUAAUGGACACAUACUCUUACAUUUACAUUUGGGGCAUAAGCCCCAGACAAAUUUUAAACAUGUAAGUUUAAACAGUGAUUAAUAGGUGUUCUCUCUCGGUAAACUGUGACAGCCAAUUUCUCCCUUUACAAUGUAUAAUUUAUUAUUACCAAUUUUCUCUCUACGUGUGAAAAGUCAUUCACUACAGGAAGGGCUGGAUAUGAUUGUUGCAGUUAAUGCCAUAUCAAAUAAAAAAAUAAAUUUUCACCUAGUAGUAAGAGUGGCUUUUAAUGCAAUAUAUCAGACAAGGCAAAACUUAACUUACUUUGCUUUAUGAGUUUUUAGAAACAGAAAAGUACUGUAUAAAAGUUGACCAUGUCAUGUUUUAUAAGCGUAGAAUGACAGUACAUGUCAUUUUUGGAAUUUCCGGUUAGAUCCAAUUAGUCAGGUGUUACUGUUAUGCUAUAUUUUUGGGAGGAGAGGAGUUAGGGGACGGAUGCGUUGUGGAAAAUAAUAUCAGCAGUUUAAAUUAAUGCCAAUCAUUUCUUGUUUCAAAAGGUUAACUUGCUUACUUGUUUUCAUAAUGGUGUAAGUUACUAUACAGCCCUGACCUUAAAAAUGGUACUCAUUUUUCUUGUUGUUAUUAAGUCUAUGCUUUUUUCCAAUUCCACGACUUAAAAAAGUAUCUUGAACUCCAUCAUGUGCAGUACAUAUUAGGUGCACGUUAUUUACUAAUUUGCUAUAAUUAUGAUUCAACUGUUGCCCCAGGGGUAUAAGGGCUGAUGGUAGCUUUUGGUGCAGAAAUUUUGUACUUUGGUGGGGGUAUUUGUAAAUGUCAUUGUGCAAAUGCCAUGGGGUUCCCCAUGGUCAUUCCCCCAAGAGUCAACUCCGCCAGAAGGGCUUCUGAUAUUGCAUAUUCCUGAUUGUAUUUAAGAGUGCAAAAGAGUUUGAUGAGGCUGGUUCCACAGCAGUACACAAGGCAGCUGCCAAUGGCCACCUGGAUGUGCUGAAGCUUCUUAUUCAACAUGGUGGUGAUGUGGAACUUGCUGACAUCUCUGGAUGCACACCGUUGCAUGUUGCAGCAAGAAAUGGUCACCUGACUUGUGUAAAGUAUUUGGUCUUGCAAGGGGCAGACUUCAGAAUGAAAUCAAAGAAAGGAAACACAGCAAUGGUCAUGGCUAAAGCAAACAACCAACCCAAAGUUGCUGAAUACUUGUCCAACUGUGGUGAGUUAAACAAUGAUCAAUUCCAGUGUAGUACAUGACGCUCUCACAAUAUAAUAUUGUUCCUCUCAGUAAAAGGGUUCGAGAAAGUUUACAGUUUAACCUUCAUUACACUGCAAUUGGCCAUCCUCUUUUAAGCAGCAAGUAAUCAAAGCUCCAAAGUAGUUGCAAUUAUGAUGGAAUACAAUAAUUAUGAAGAAGUGAAACUUCCAUUGGGUGACCACCUCUAUCAAGGAGCCAUGCCCACCUUUAAUAAAAUUAUGGCCAUCCUGAUGAGAGUUUUCCUAUUAUUGUCACCUCAAUUAAGUGUCCACCAAAUUUUUGAUUCACUUAAUUUGGGUUUGUUUUGAAAAUUACAGACAGAGAUAGGUGAUGAGUGAUUGUGUAUGUGUAAUUAUGUAAUGUUUCAUCAGUUACAGACUGACAUGGCUGCCUUUUCCCAUAAUCAUCAAGUUUUCGCCAUAGUUUACAAAGUAACCUCUAUUUAGUAGCCAACCUCCAUAUUAUGCAGCAACUUGCUGUCAUGCGAAGGGUGGCCACUUUUUAUAUCGGAGGUUCAAGUGUGAUAAUAUUUUAAGGUACAUGUCUAGGGAAUUCAUGCCAUGUAGACUAGGGGGAGGAUUAGAGCUGCAUAGACAGUUUCUCAAAAGACUCAAACUUCCUGGAAAAAUUUGUGAAAAAUUUUUAGGAUUGUGGUUAAAGUUUGCAAAUUACUGAAUAUUGAAUUCUCUAGGGGUAAAUUUGAACAGUUCUUCUAGCCUUAAUGGAAUCUGCAACCUGAGCUGCUGCUCAUGGGAGAGUUGGGUGUGGGUCUGAGGAGUUUACCUUUGAAAACGAUUUAUUGGCUAAAAAAUUAAGAUUUAAAAUUUGGUACAUCUAAAGAACUCAUUGUCCCUAACAUGUUUAAGUAUAAAUAAUUUAUACUAUUAUUAAUAAUAUGUUGGUACAAGUGAGUCACUUGAUAUGUCACGUGACCAUUUGAAAUAAUAAUUUAUGCAGUAGGCUGCAUUUGCGGAGUUUUUGUUUUGCUAUAUAUCGCUAUUGUCACCUUCUUGACAUCUUAAACUCCCUAGUAUUUAUGUGGGAAAAACGACUAUUCUAGAAGGCUUUUCCUGGCAAAAAGACAGGCUGAGGUUUCUAAAGAUUUUACUUUCUCUUAUGUACGUGUAAAAAAAAAAAGAACAGUAAUUACCCAGGCAGUUCCUUCCAUGUAAGCAGGGCUCUCUCACAGGCUGGCACAUUGGAGGGGCAAUAAACUGAAGUUUGUUAGUAAUAAUUUUAUGUUUUCUAUUCUUUUUUUAUUUCAACAGAUAGAGAAAAGUUUGCAUGGGAAGUGGUUUAAGAAUAUAAGAAUUAUUGUUCAUACCUGGCAUUGUAUACAGAAGCCAAAGUCAAUACUACAUAAAAACAAUUAAAGACAUUUAUAGUUGUAUUAAUUUAAUGGAAAAGUUAAUGUAUUAAAUUUUAUGUGAAUCUAUUUAUGAUCUAUUUCUGUCAUUAUUUUGGAGUUACAUGUACAUGGCACUUUUAAAGUUAACAUGCUUUUGAUUAUUGGACCUUUAAAAGUUUCUCUAGGGCAUACAUGUUCCAGUAUCAUCGCUACUAUUAAUUGUUUUUUUACAACACUGGCAGUACUCAGAGUACUCUGGUCAAUACUGAUAUUCCAUCUGUAAUUGCAUCAAACUCCAGAAGAGAUUAUUUGAAAAACCGUUACGGGUAUUUAAAAAUUUGACGUCUGAAGGCCUAGAAUAAAUUAUUAUUGUUAUGUUAGCUGAUGGCUUAAGGCAUGGUCUAUUCAGUACAAGAACAGAUGCAUAUUACAGUGUAGCUGGAUAUUUGAAAACAUUUUUGCCAAAGAAGACCACUUUAGUCAAGCAGUUUUCUUGUUCAAGAAGCGGCCAAUAUAUAAUAAUCUUAGAGGGCAACCAUCUCCUUCUCUGUCCUCCUUCUCUUUAUUAUUGCUCUUUGUUUUCUUCUGAGGUGUGAUGUCUAUACAGUCUAGUGGCUGCAAUUUUUUGUAAGUACGUUUUCAAAAAUCCAGACAGAUUUUCAGGAAUACAAUAAUUAUGUUACAAAGACAUAUUAAGUUAAUUCUUUUAGUUAGACUUAUAAUAAUUUGUGUUGAAACUUGUCAUUGAGAAAUGGUGAAAAAAGUACAAUGUAGUUACGUUCAGUGGCCUAAUAUUAGUGGGGAGAAAAAGUGGAGACCUUUGGCUCGAUUUUAUUGGUAACUGUUAGCAAAU